UGUAAACAAUAUGAUGUUGAACGACCCUUCUCUUCUGAUCUCUCUUUCUGAGCAGUGAUAGUUGGAAUCUUCCGGCAACCUCUUUAAAGGGGCCGGAAUUAUAGCAUGUAUACUUCCGGUAAACGUGGUACCCCUUAGGCCAUUGAACGGCGAACGAUAGUCCCGGCCGGUUCAUCAAGUAUGGGGAUGACGAGAGUCACGCGCACAAACUUCUGCCUCGAGUUCACACAAUCAGAGAGAGUGAUUGAAUUGCUGGGUCUGAAUUACGGGUAUAAAGAUGGCCUCUAUUACAUCAAGAGUUCUAGCAACUUGGGUUGUUACGCCAGCAUCCGCUACGGCGAAGACGUACUUUGCGGAGUGCGCAUCAAUCCCAUGGAGUACUCCCAGAAGUGGCGCCUGACCCAAGUCAACCAGUCAGAUGCUAGCGGCCGCCCUCAGUUCUUCUGCGCUCUCACCAAGGAGGAGGAUAAUGGCUCAUUGGGCGUGAAAGCUAUCAAAAACUCCGAACCUGUCUAUUCCAUCACCGGCUCGCAUUCCUGGUUCCUCAGGCAGAAUGAAGAGGGUUACACGAUCGGCCUGAUCGCGCAUGAAAACGCGAAUGAAAUUGAGUACACUUGGUGCCUCGGCAAUGACUACGAGCCGGUGCGUGCACAUCCCUUUUUCGUAAAGUGUCUCUGCUUAACCAGCGCAGAUCGUGAUCAGCAUGCGGGGCUUCGUUGAUCCCCAGAUCUGGCAAUUCGUGUCCGCAGAAUAAGCGCUGGGAUGCAGAUACUCGCGUCAUGUACUUGUUUUAUUUUUGAAAUCGGAUAGUUGUUGUACCAUCAGUUUACGCAAAUGC